UGUCAGCUAAAAUCUAGCAGCUCCUCUCUAGCCGAAGUGAACAAAAAAAAAAAAACAUAUUCCCGGCUCUAAAUCGGCUAAGAAAUCUUUAGCUAUCCAUUUGUUUUGAAUAUUCAUUUGUUUUGAUUUCAAUUCCCAGAAAAAAAACCCCAAAUGGAAACCCCAAACUCCAAUGUUUCCCUCAAACGAACACGAAAUGAUGAAAUUGGUUCCUUCAAAAUCAUCCACACUGACACAGAUACCGAUGAUAAUUCAAUAAAUGGCAAUGCCAAUAAGAAAAAAAUAAUCAGUGAAUACAAAAUCGUUUACAAUGAAACACGUCAAUCGAAUCGUCACAAAAAUCCCAGUGGAGUAUGGAAGUACUUUGCCCUUGCAACUAAAGAUACUUCCACUGGAGACAAUAAUUUCAAGGACGAACCUGAUGACAGAGUUCUUUGUAUGCUUUGCUAUAACAAAGGUCGGGUUCAUGUGUACAAAAGUAAAACCUCUUCGUCAAAUUUGUGGAAACAUUUGAAUCGAAAACAUGACAUUGAAAUUCCCACUGAGAGAAUGUUUGCUGUGAGCACAUCCAGUUUGGAUCGUUUCGAAUUUAAUAGUGAAGAAAUUGAUGAUGGAAAUAGUUCAAAUGAUUGCCAAUUACCAGUUUUAGAUGAAGAGAAUAAUGAUGUACUGAUUAAAGCUGAUGAUUUUGACGGAAUUGAAGAGUACACUGAAGAGGAGGAGGAUGAACAGAAUAUACAAUCUAGUUUGUCAAAUGAAAUGAUUGAAGAAAAUAUUCUGAGAUAUGAGAUUUCUUCUUCACGAAUGACAAAAGAUAUUGGAUUAGCAAUUAUAGAAGAAGUUGCUAAAAGACCAAUUCUCUAUGAAGUACAAAUGAGCAAACUUUCCACAGUGAAAGCUACGAAAAAAGUUAUGUGGGAAGAAGUUUAUGAUGCUUUGGGCCAAAUUGUUCCAAUUGAACGGAUACAGAAAAUCUGGAAAAAUAUUCGUGAUCGAUAUAAGAAAAUUCGUAAUAUCGAACGAGAUGGAAUGAAAUGCAUAGCCAAAUAUAAGUACUAUGAUCAUUUGGGCUUUUUGGAUGAUGAUGAACAAUUGGGGUGCCAGCUCUCAGAUGUGGAAUUUGAAGAACAACCAGAAGAAAAGAAACCUCGCCCAGAAGACUUUUCAUUCCUAAUUGAACAAACCGAUAGCAUACUGACCAGUGUUGAUGAUCUUGUUCAAAAUGAUCAAAAUUACACAACUGAAGAUGUGGUUAGUGAAACCAGUAGUAAUUGUAUCGUGAGUAGUAGUAAUCCACCCACAAUCACAACUACAAUUUACCCAAUGGAAAUGAACCCCAACAACUCUGACGUCAUUAUAGCAAAGCCACCACCAACUCCAGCAACAGCUCCACCUCAAACAGCCCCACCACCUCCUCAACAACCUGAAACACCUCCUGUUUCAAAUAACACUGAACAAAUGGAUGAAUUUGAUUUAUUUGGCAAAUUAAUUGCCAAUAAACUUCGCAAUGCUCCUAGAGAUCGAGUUAAUUUGAUUGAAGUUAAAAUAAUGCAAGCAAUUCUUGAAAACACAUAAAAUAAAAUAAGUGGCUUUAAUUGUAACAGUAA